AUGAUAUUCGGAGAUCUAAUUGGAAAGACCACGGAAGUUUAUGUUGAUGAUAUGCUGGUAAAAUCCAGGCAGGUCGCCGACCAUGUUAACAACCUGAGGGAAACAUUCCAGAUUCUGAGGAAGCAUCAGAUGAAGUUGAAUCCACUCAAAUGCUCAUUCGGUGUGGCCUCUGGAAAUUUUUUGGGAUUCAUGGUAAAUGAAAGGGGAAUCGAGGCCAACCCCGAGAAGAUCCAAGCCCUACUUGACAUGCAAUCGCCCACCAAGACUAAGGAAGUGCAAAGCCUGAAGGGACAAGUCGUGGCCCUUAGCAGGUUCAUUUCCAAAUCCUCUGAUAAAUCCAUCCCAUUUUUUAAAAUCUUGAAGAAAGCAAGUAGCUUCGAAUGGACAGAAGAGUGCGAGACUUCCUUUCAGCAGCUGAAAGACUACAUGGGGCGGGCUGCCCUCAUGUCAAAGCCGAAGGAAAGGGAGGAACUGAUUAUCUACCUGGGGGUGUUUGAGUACGCAGUGAGCACCGCCUUGAUUCGGGAAGAAGACCAAGUUCAAUACCUGAAGCCUGAUUCAUCCGACCGCUUCCUCAAGUGGGUGAUCGAGCUCGUCCAAUUCAACAUACAAUACAAGCCAAGGACGGCCAUAAAGGGUCAGAUACUAGCAGACUUCGUUGAAGAAUUCACAGGGCCGACGGAAGAACCAGCCCCCCUAACCUCGCCAGUCUGGGAGCUGUUUGUUGAUGGCUCUUCUAACGAGCAUGGGUCAGGAGCUGGCGUACUCCUAGUAAGCCCAGAGGGACACAAAAUCCCCUACGCAUUGAGGUUCAGGUUUGGACCAACCAACAAUGAAGCCGAAUAUGAAGCAUUGCUAGCCGGCCUCCAUCUAGCAAGAGAAGUCAAGGCGGAGCGGUUAAAAAUUUUCAGCGACUCCCAGCUCAUGGUCUGCCAAGUUCAAGGGGAAUAUCAGGCAAGGGGCCUAAAGAUGGUAGCAUACCUCCAGAAAGCUCAGGAAUUGUUACGCCUUUUCAAUGAAUGCGAGGUGAAUCAAGUCCCGCGAAGUCAGAACUCUCAUGCCGAUGCCCUGGCUCGUUUGGCUUCCGUUGGAGAAACUAACUCAUUAGGAACCAUCCCCAUAGAUUUCCUCGCAGUACCGAGUACAGAGAAAAGAACUGAGACAUUGACAGUCGAGCUAAGGCCAGAUUCAUGGAUGAAACCGAUCAUAGACUAUUUGCAAGGGGGACAGUUGCCAAACGACAAACUCGAGGCACGAUGCCUCAGAGCUCGGGCGGUCCGAUAUUGUAUCUGCAAUGAUAUGCUAUACAAGCGAGGGUUCUCAAUCCCGUUACUCAGAUGCAUCGAUGAGCCUGAUUUCCAAGCGAUUCUCAAUGAAAUUCAUGCCGGCCAUUGCAGCAAUCACGCUUGGGGGGUAUCCUUGGCUCAGAAGGCAUUCCGCUAG